UAAAACUUAGGAAAAUCCAACAAAAAUGUAUCCAUUUUGUGUGGAGAUAGCAGUUUUUGCGGUUAAAAUGACAUCUUCCGCAUUUUAACAAUUGAACACAUAAGGAUUUGCUAAACUAGUCUUUUAUCUUUAAUACAUCAGAAAUUUGAACGAAUACUUUUGAAACCCGCUAACCCCAAUAAAACUGAUGAUCUAAAUUCAGAUGAUAGUGGAGAAUGUUUAUAUUCUCAAGCCCACAUUCCAGGGGACGAAAUGGCGAACGAAACAUUAUAAUAGCUUCCAGCACAGGAUUAUGUCAGCUAAUAUUGUUCGUGCUCCAACUCGGGGAUUCCCUCUGGUUGGACACACAUUUUCUCCAUCUACCCAUUUCAGGUCAGGACAUGUCCACAUAGUAAUUAGCCCUAUUUAUUCUAAUCGGAUGGAAAGUAAGAAUUUAUCUGCAAUUGCAAAGGAGCAAUUUGGUUUCAGAGAGCAGGAUGCAGUUAUCAUAGUUGACCAUGGUUCCAGGCGCCAAGAGUCCAAUUCAAUGCUUCUUGCAUUUGUGGACAUGUAUAAGGAGAAAACGGGUCACCCAAUCGUGGAACCUGCUCAUAUGGAGAUAGCAAAGCCAACAAUAAAAGAAGCAUUUGACUCAUGUGUGAAUCAAGGUGCUGCCAGAGUUAUUUUAAGCCCUUACUUUCUAUCUCCUGGACGCCACUGGAAACAGGAUAUCCCAGCUUUGGCUGCAGAGGCAGCAAAGGAGCAUCCCGGUAUCCCAUACAUUGUCACAGCACCACUUGGUCUGCAUGAACUAAUGGUGAAUGUGGUUGAAGAUCGAAUCAAGUAUUGUUUAAGUCAAGUUGCUGGUGAUUCAAGUGAGUGUGAAAUGUGUUCCGGAAGUGGACAAUGCCAACAACGGUCAGCGUAGAAAUUACACAAGAAAAUUGACGCUUGAACCAACAUAUUUAUUGCUAAUUCUGAAAUCUUGCUAUUCACUUUUGACAAGCUUCAAAGUGGUUAAACAUUUUCUGAUGGUGAUUGUACUUUAUAAAUUGAUUCAAUCGUACAAUAGUUACAGUUUGUAAUC